CUCCGGAGGCAUAGGCCAACGCGCAGCCUCGUCCGGCGCUGCCUGCAGGCUCCUCUGUGGCCCGGCGGGUCCGGUCGCCGGCGCCGAGAUGCGCCCCCUGCUUGGCUUCCUGCUGGUCUUCGUCUGCUGCACCUUCGCCCUGUACUUGCUGUCGACGCGACUGCCCCGCGGGCGGACACUGGGCCCGGACGAGGAGACUGGAGGCAGGUCACUGUGGUUCCCCUCAGACUUGGCCGAGCUGCGGGAACUUUCUGAGGUCCUUCGAGAGUACCGGAAGGAGCACCAGGCCUACGUGUUCCUGCUGUUCUGCAGUGCCUACCUCUACAAACAGGGCUUUGCCAUCCCUGGCUCCAGCUUCCUGAACAUUUUAGCUGGUGCUUUGUUUGGACCAUGGCUGGGGCUUCUGCUGUGUUGUGUGUUGACAUCAGUGGGCGCCACAUGCUGCUAUCUGCUCUCUAGUAUUUUUGGCAAACAGCUGGUGGUCUCCUACUUCCCUGAUAAAGUAUGCCUGCUGCAGAGGAAGGUGGAAGAGAACAGAAACAGCUUGUUUUUUUUCUUACUGUUUUUGAGACUUUUCCCCAUGACACCAAACUGGUUCUUGAACCUCUCAGCUCCGAUUCUGAACAUCCCGAUUGUGCAUUUCUUCUUCUCUGUUCUGAUCGGUUUGGUCCCAUACAAUUUUAUCUGUGUGCAGACAGGCUCCAUCCUGUCAACUCUGACCUCUCUGGAUGCUCUUUUCUCCUGGGAAACGGUCUUCAAGCUUUUGGCCAUUGCUCUGGUGGCCUUAGUUCCUGGAACCCUCAUUAAAAAAUUUAGUCAAAAGGACCUGCAUUUGAAUGAAAUAAGCAACACUAAUCAUCUAAAUAGUAGAAAGGACACGUGAUCUGGGUUUUUGGUUGCCAUGUCCUUGGACUUUGUUGUUUAUUUGUAUAAUGGGUGUGGUCCUGUGCAGCCCGUCAUUGUUUUUUAAUUACCCUCAACAGGUGAUUUUGGACACUAUAUAUCUGUGUGCAGUGUUUUUAUAAAGGACGCUCUGUUCUAGAAGGUGAACUGUAUCAAGUUCUCAAACCAGUCCUGGUUUAGCAGGGUACUCUGUGAAACGGAUGGCCUUCUAGAAAAUCCUAUUUGUAUUUUGUUGAAAAACAAGGAACUCAGGAUGGUUUGUUGUAUUUGUCUCUCAGCAAGCCCCGCGCUGCUUCAGGAGAGGAUGCUGAUUGUCCUUAAUCCAGAGUGCCUCUUCUGCAAAGUGAUAGGCUGUUGUGACAGGUGUUCUGUUAAAUCCCUAGUGGAUGUUACUGGUGUAAAUGAUGUGAACCCACAUCACUGACAUUACCUUCUAUCCUGUUAGUCUCAUGGAGAGUGUUUUCUUCUGUAUUUUUUUUUUUUUUUUUUUUUUUUUU